UUCAGCUUCCAGCAGCAACAUUCUCCUCGGUUCUACCCGCCGUCAGCAUUUCAAAGUCAGCAAACAAGAGUCAAGUCUCUCUCCUGCUUCUGCUCCUUAGAGCUCCUAAACCCACGGCCUCUCUGAGCAUCCAGUUGGCAAAGAAGGGCAGGCCAUGAAGACUGGUCAGCUACAGUGAGAGGACGUGAAAGGGUAAAUCCCUGAGCCCCACAGUCUUAUUUCCUGCUCUGACGUCUCUGCAAACCAGCCUGAGAGUUAACCAUAGCCGGAUGCCUGUAUGGCUGCCUUACUGAUGCCACGCAGGAACAAAGGGAUGAGGACUCGACUGGGAUGCCUGUCUCACAAGUCAGACUCAUGCAGUGAUUUCACAGCUAUCCUUCCUGACAAACCCAACCGUGCUCUCAAGAGAUUAUCCACUGAGGAAGCUACGAGGUGGGCAGAUUCCUUUGAUGUGCUUCUCUCCCAUAAGUAUGGUGUGGCCGCCUUCCGCGCCUUCCUAAAGACAGAGUUCAGUGAGGAGAACCUGGAGUUCUGGCUGGCCUGUGAGGAGUUCAAAAAGACCAGGUCAACAGCAAAGCUGGUCUCCAAAGCCCACAGGAUCUUUGAAGAGUUUGUGGAUGUGCAGGCUCCACGGGAGGUAAACAUCGACUUCCAGACCCGAGAAGCUACAAGAAAGAAUAUGCAGGAACCAUCCCUGACUUGCUUUGACCAAGCCCAGGGAAAAGUACACAGCCUCAUGGAGAAAGACUCUUACCCCAGGUUCCUGAGGUCCAAAAUGUACUUAGAUUUGCUGUCCCAAAGCCAGAGGAGGCUCAGUUAAUCCUCAGAUGGGGACUCUUGGAAAUCACCGGCUUUCCCCUCCCCUUGCUGCCAAGACCAUAUUCUAAUGUGAAAUCUCAUAGGUGUUUAAAGGUGGUGGCAUUUGGGGUAGGAGGCAGAGGGUGAGGAGAGAAUGAAGGGCCAUUCCAAAGAGUAAUCCAGCUGCCAGAGCUCGGACUCUCUUCCAUUUACCCAUGUUUGUGUUUAAGUUAGUGGUAGCACCUCACUGGUGUUGCCCUUCUGUGGGUCAACAACUUUAUCUUCAUAAUGUCUCGGGUCAUCCACUGAGAAGGCAGAUUUGCUGUGCUAGGCUAGACUGUAAAUAAUGCAAAUGCAGUUCCCAGUGUAGACACCAAUCCCAGGUACUGAGACCUCAUAUUAGGAGAGAGAUCUCUACAGAACCCCAGCCCUCUGGCACUAUCAGAUGGAAUCCCAGGUUUUUGGCAUCAUUGGCAGGUGCCCUUUGGGAUGGGUCAAGCUCCACAGAGCCAGUCAUUUCUUCCAUUUCCACUGACCAGUGUGAGAAUCUGUGACCUCUGCCCUUCUUAGUCUAGGAAAUUUGUAGAAUUCCUUACCUUUACAUUGCCAGAAAGAGUCUUAUGAGAUUUCUUUCAUGACUUUUGAGUGGAGCUAUCAUUAAGAAAGAUACAGCUUGCAAAUAGUCCUCAAUUCUACCAGGAACUUUUCAAAAUGACCAGGGAAUGUAAAACCAGUAGACUUUUAUGUAAUGAGGCUCCCUAUAAUGUAUCUGUUGCUUAAUGUGCUCUCUACUCUUGUCUCCCUGGGACAUCGCAUAUCUCGUAGAAAGACAGACAGCUUGGCAAAGGGAGGUAAAUUCCCAUAGCAUGACAGCUCUCCCAGUGCCUAAUACUUGUCCUGUUUGCCCAUCUCCCCCUUUCCAUGCAGGCCAUGUAAUUAUGAUGGGGGAGAACAGGGAGCCAGGCUGAUGCUUCUUGCAGCUUGCUUCCUGGGAGCUUGCUUUCUUAGAAAGGCCCCUCUUGGCUCUCGAGAAUCAGCGUCCUUCUCAGUUGUUAGCCUUUGGAAUUGAACAUAAAAUAGGCAGGUGUGGAUAAGAAGAUCACUGUGAACAUUUAACUGUGGAUACCUUCCUAAAAUGCUUUCUUGUUACUCUGUGGCCACUGUUGGAAAUGGUGGGAAACUUCCUUGGAGGACAAAUGAUGAACAGUGCAGAACCUCCUCCAGCGGUGCAGGAAAAACUGAGUGCCACAAGAGCAGUACGGAGGAGAUGAACCCUCAGUAGGGAGGUCAGAAUGUGGAAGUGGAGCCGGGAAGAUGCUGCUCUCCAGGGGACGUGAAUAUCAAAUAAUGCGAUGGAGUUAUUACUGGGAAUCUACAUGCAUUGGAUUCAGAUUCAGUGCAGGUCUACAAAUCUUUUAGCUUGAAGGAAUAAAGCAGCACAAGAUUGGGCAAAGACUUCAGAAUGCAGGAGAAGGAGCUGAAGCCCUCUCCUUUGGUGGGCCAUGCCGGGGUCCCUGCAUUUGCCCUUCUGUCCUGUAACUUUGAGAAUCACUUUCUUCUUUGGCUCUAGCCAGACAAAGCCAAGAAGGUCCUUGAGUCCUACUAGUGUUAGUGCCUACUUCUCUGCCUCGGCCACUGUCAUCUGUGAGUGAGGGUUGGUACCUCUGGAUGGACUUCUGGAAAGAGAAAUAUCUGCUCCCUGGCCCAACACUGAGUGGACCUGUGGGAGUUUAUGCUUAAGAACUCCAAAGCCUCAAAUAGUGUUCUUAGUUAAGGCUGAUAGUAUCUUCCCACCCCAGUUAAAAAAAAAAAUCCAUUUUUAGCUAAAGCUGCCAGAAUUAAUUUAAUGAUCAAAUUAUCUAACAGGGUAUUAUAUACAUUGUUUACAUGCAAAAUGUGCAUCUGCUGCCAACUCUACUGUUGAAAUGAGGUGCGUACAAAUGGGAGCUGCAGAGUUAUGUUCUAGCAAGGUUCUCUUCAGCACUUCCAUUACCCCAAGGAGGAAGGUUGGAACACGAGUGUUGUGCGGCAUUUCAUUUGGGGCCUCGAGUUCUCUCCAACUCCUAGUGGAAAAAAAGCUGUCAGUGGUGGUGUCAUUGCAUCUUGGUGACUCCCUCCCACAGUGGGAGGUAUGGAGGACCAAGCUGCAGUAUUCUGUUGUAGAUAGACAAGGGCCUGUGGGCCUGAGUCUGUGUGUAGAACAUGUUAGCUCUAUUUAUGGUACUCCUGUGGAGCAUCUGUGUGUAUCUGUAUAUGCGUGUGUGUGUGAGUGUGUGACAGUUGUGAGCACUGGACUAGUGCCCUCCAGACAUGAUCUUCCUGUGUGGGUGCCUUUCCUCCCACCCUGUGUACCCUGCUUCCCAUAGAAGGUGCAGAGCUCCUUGCUCUGAUGCCUGUUUUGAGGCACUUUGGUCAUGCCAACCUAGAUUUUGGUCUGUAAGGAAACAAAGAGAAAUGUUUACAACAUCUAGAGCAAUAUCCAAACAUACCUCAUCCCCAACCUUCCAUGUCUCUGGGUCCUCUACCCCUGACCCCUUCUUUUCCCUUCACAAGCCUCAUCCACCUCAUGGGUGGGCAUCCCUGGAGCUGCUUCCAAGUUCCAUCUUCUUUUGAUCCUGUUCUUGGUCUGUUUUCUCUGAAGACUGUAGGCAAAGCCCAGGCACUGGGCCAGCCUAACUGUGGCUUUGAAUUCCUCUCUCCAUCUGAGGGGUAUUUUGGUUCCACUAGAGUGCUAACCUGUUUGGGGGCUAGAGUGAGGUUUGCCUUUACUGGAUGGAGCAGAGCAAUUGUUGAUAAACAGUCCCAGCCCAGGACACCCCUUUGCUGGAGAGAGAUCCUCUGAGGUUGCAUUUUAGUAAACUGUGUGUGUACUGCGAUUACCCCAAAACUCUGUUACAAACCUAAUAAAUAUUGCCCAGUUCCCACUCUUAGAUAUGCUGAGCCAAUAGGUCUGAGGCAGGGCCCAAGAAUCUGUAUUUUUCAUAAGCUCUUGGGUAUGUAGUAGACUUGGAACAAAGAUGGUUUAAGACAAUGGCUCUCAACCUUGCCUAGGCAUUAGAUGUACCUGGGGGACAGGAUUACAAACUGAAUUGUUUAGGCCCUACCUCAGAGCCCUUUGGUGGGACCUGUGUGGCAGUUGUCUUUCAAGCUCUGCAGGGGCUGCCAGUGUACAGAAGAGGUACAGAGGCAUGUACCUAGGGACUGAGGAGAAACAGAUUAAGGGCAAAACAGGCAGGGUGAGAGGGUGAGAGCCCACCCAGAGGCAAAAGCACAAUCAGGAAACCUGCCAGCUCUGGAACUGGACUUCUGGGGGAGCCGCCUCUCCACCUCUCAGCCUGCCUUGCCUCUUUGAGAUCGAAGGGUUGGGUCCAAGCCACAUGUAGUGUCUGGCAGCAGGUGUGCCAGGAGUGAGCGGCAGUGGUACUUGGCCAAGAGAUGCUGUGUUUUUUGCUGUGUUUCCACGUCCCAUGCACAGCGCUUCCCCGGGCUUGUCUGAUGAGCCAGAUCACCCUUGUCUGUUUUCCUGUGCUUUUGUUUGUGGUCUUCUUGAGUCAGGAUACACCUCUGUACUUCCGGCCAUGUAACAGGGGGGCUGGAACUCAGGUAGUGAGUGAGGCAUGUUGUGGUAGUGAAAAUAGUGCCGGCACGACACUGUCCAUGUUUCUCAGCAGAGGGGGGCACGUGCUCGGGAAUGUCAAGAUCUGGGAGGCUUCUCCAGCCAUCGUGGGGUUUGGUCCCAGCUCCAAGUCCUCCCCAGUCCCUUUUGGGUCCCAGGUUGGAUGGGCAGCUGGGAGGCUGCCAGCUGGUUUUACUCAACGGUGCUCUCACCAGAUCUUGCUGCUCUGACAAACCAAAGCUGUGAAGAGGCCUUCUGAGGCGUGGGCCGUGGGCACUGCUCCCAGAUCAGGCCCUCAUCAGUGGAGAAGCUGUACUAUGAGGAAAUCAUGAGACUGUCGUGCUGAGAGCAGGGGGAGGGUGGCAGUGCGGAGGGCGGAAGAGGAAGGAGCGGGCAGGAAAGACAGGCAGAUGUCAGGAGGUCUGCUCCUCCUUGUCCCAGAGCGAAAGGUGAGGCGGGGUCCCUUCGGAGGCAGGGUGGUCUCCUACCACUGAGAGUGCUCAGAACUCUGCCUACCCUGUGUGUGCCCACAUCCAGGCCAGGCAGAAGCGCUGUGGCUUCCCAAUCUUGUCUUCACUCGGCCAAGUGUCAGCCCUCUUUAAAUCUCUUUCUGAGUUAAAACAUGAGGUAGCACUGAGAGUGUGUGUCGCUGUGUGUGCUGCCAUGCCACGGGGCAUGAGACUGUGCAGAAGCAAAGAACAAAGAUGUCUUCUUGUCUCUGUGUUGUCUCGGGACUCCACGAGAUGCUGGCGGCCCUGAUGGGAGACUCAGGCUGUGGCCACUGGCCUUCCUGCCACUGGGGUCCGGUCCCCUCAAUAAACGAUUCCUUUCUUGAUUCUUCUUUCUCUUCUGUCCUUCUGCUCCCUCCCUUCUGCCAGGCGUGGAACAGGUGGCUGGGUAUCGAGUGCCACUCUAUCCACGGUAGCAUUAGCUGAGUCACUUGCCAGCACAACAGAGUUGUAGCAGCUCAUCUGCCACACACACCACUUGGCUGACAGAGUCCUCCCUGAGUUGUUUCAUUACCAUGUAAAGUGGAAUCAUGUCAUUCACCUUUAUU